AUGGAACAUACAGAUGAGCUCUGCCGUCUCACUAAGAAAUGUGCUUCUUUAUUUACGGCCAUGGCCGAUCAUCCAAAGCUAUCCGACGAUGACUGGCUUGAGGAUCGUGCUGCUGACUUUGCAUGGUGGUCACACGGUCUCAAGGCCCAGAAGACGGGCCGAAGCUCUCUCGACUUUCGGUUGAGAAACCGUCUGGACAUUCAAAAAGUCAUAUCCGGUCUUCUGCACAGCUUAUUUUCGGCUUUAGAAGAAUAUUUACAUAAGCUGUCAUGCGAUGAUCCGCCUCCCCAUAAGAACGAAACGGAUGAAGAGUUAUCCGACUCCGGUGACAGCGCGAGCGAUUCUCCAUGGUCUGAGUUUUCGGAUGAAGAGACGAAAGGGAAGGCGAAUAUAACCCUGGUAGCAUCCCCCGACUCUGACGACUCUGGACCUAAAUUCUUCAUCACAACCAACCUCAAUCUGCUCGCGAGGAUGUCCAUCGCAAUCAGGAGGUCGGGUACAAAAUUAAGAUACUUGAAAGCAGAUGAGUAUCUGAAGACUCACAUGGACGAUAACGAGUACAUCGAGUUGAGGAAGCAUCUUUGCUUCCUAAUUCAGGUUGGCCCAUACGAGCAACGUCUAUUCAACGAACUUGGCCGCCAGGUUUCUGCAGGUCAGCUGUCACGAACAGUCGAAAUCGUGAUCCGUGCAUGGAUUUUCGAUCCAUCCCGAAUCACUCCUAUUCAGCAACAACUCAUCGAGACGAAUGUCACGAGGAGGAACCGAAUUAUUCAUGCAAGGCGCAUGUUCGACAAGGAUGCUUUCCCGACGAAACCUAGAGAAGGUCCGCCCAUUUCACAAAUAUCAGAAGCACCGCUUCCGCCAAUUAUCCAGCCAGAGCAGGUUGAUCGCAAUAUAAAGAAGCCCAACAGAACCAAAUCUCCGGGUCAGCCGUCCUCCCAACACGUUGAGUCAACAAGAUCCUGGACUGCGACGGAGCUAGGAUCUCGAUUUGUCCUGCCUAAUAUCCUGCCAUCUAAAGCAAAAGAGACACUGUCCAUUGUGACUAAAAUGACGCGGACUGGUUUCAAGCAAGAUUACCCACCCUGCCCUACUCACCAGGGUAGCUUUCAAUGCCCAUACUGCGUGCAGGUGCUCCCUGAAGAGUACCUAUCGAAAUGGAGAUGGAGGGGACAUGUUGCACAAGAUUUGAACCCAUACUCAUGUGUAUACGGAGAUUGCCCAGAUCCUCAAGAGCUCUACGCCACAAAAGAUGAAUGGAUCAAGCAUAUUACAACCCAACACAGCACCCAGCGUUGGGUUUGCGAUCAGUGCACCCUUCGGGGCGAUUUAAGUGAAGACCUCGUAUUUGAUGAUGAGACAGACUGGGAACAACACAUGAGCACCUGCCACGGAGGCGAAUUCAUCGAUUCUCAACGAGCACUGCUUUUGAGCCUAAGCAGGAGACGACUCACUGAACCAAUUCAAUGCUCCCUCUGCAGUCGUCCUGCCGGCCCCGUAAGGCCGGAUCAGGACGACCACAUUGCUGAACAUCUGCAUUCUUGGGCGCUGAUAGCGCUUCCUUGGGACUUACAUACGAAGGACCAACACUCCUCCGAUUCUCCUGACUUGGGCUCUAGCAAUGAUCUGGCCAGACUUUCGAAUAUGAGCGAGUUUUCAGAAGACAAUCAAGUUGAUGGUGACACGGAUAUUGAAGAGAACCUCAAACACGAGAUCAUUAGCUGGGUAUAUGGAAGUCCCAAUCUCGAUGCUGCUUUUGCGAACCGCUUCAAAGCUUCAGUUGCUGCACUCAGCAGGUGUCUGCAGGACUGGGUCACGGGUGCUCACCCAGAUGAGCAGAACGAGACAUUGCUACAACAUUUGAUGACGAUCAACCGGACUGGGGCAGGCGUUGUCAGCAAGAACCCUCAGCAAUCACCCCCCGAGCGUGACGCUGAAACAGAUCUAGAGAUCAAAAUAGAGACAGUUUUGGAAUACUUGGACACAAUAUCUGUCGGAGGCCAUCAAGAACAGCCUCAUCAUUUACACUACGAUGACACGAAUGACUUUAAAGAAGUCUGGGGGCCGCUUUCGAACACUACAUUCUCGAAAGUUGAUGGUGAAGACGUACCUAUCAGCGACACAGAAAGGGAAGAGCUUCUUUUGCAUGACCGCAUCCGUGUUGUACAGUCUAAGGACUCUAACGAGCGGCUACUAUGGGCUCGCGACGUCCUGAUGUGGGAAAAGGUUGCUGAAAGAAACUGGCGCAUCGGCAUCGAUGUAUACGCUGAAGAUCCCCAUGAUAUAGGGCGCGAACUAAGGGUCGACGCUAUGGAUAUCAUCUCUUCUCUGUCCGAGCAGGGACACACAGAGGCACUCUAUCUGAAGGGAAUGUGUCUCGAGUACGGCCAACUUGGCAAUUCAAUGGAUAUAGCUGAGGCAUCUGUCAGUUAUCGUCAAGCAGCGAGUCUUAGGCAUGGGCGUUCUGAAUUCCAAUUAGGUUGGCUACAAGCGGAAUCCGGAGACUGGACCAUGGCUCUCAAUCAUUACGACAAAGCUGUAAACCUAGGAGACUCAGCGGCCAUGCUCUCCAUAGGUUGGAUGUAUCUCAAUGGAUAUCACGGUCACACGAAAGAUCAAGCGCGCGGGCUAGCGCUGAUAAAAGAGGCUGCGGAUACUGCCGACGAAGAUGCACCCCUCAGCGCCUACAUAUAUGGCAUGCUGAUAGCUAGACGCCUGGAAGGUAUUGAGAUCACGGAAUCUUCAUUUGUGAUCAACCCAGAUCUAGCGAGAAAGUAUAUCGCAAAGAGCGCCUACCUUGGAUGUGCCCUGGGCCAAUUUGCGAUGGGGACUGCCUACGAGCAGGAAGAAUUCGGUUGUACUUUCGACCCGGGUAAAUCGCUUCGCUACCUCCAACUUGCGGCCCGGCGAGGAUUGCCAGAGGCGGAGGUUAGCUUGAGUCGAUGGUUCCUGCUUGGCUACGGCAAUCUGGUACCAAGGAAUGAGGCGCUUGCGUUCAAGUACGCGCGGUGCGCUGCGUCGAGUAACCUGCCCGACGCAAAGUUCUUGAUGGGCUGCUACUUUGAGUUCGGAAUAUCUGUUGAUCGGGAUGUGCAAUCCGCAGAGAGAUGGUACAUUGCUGCUCGCGACCUUGGGCACCAAGGGGCUGCUGAACGACUGCGCGGAUGA